CAGGAACGCCAGGGUCGGCUCCAUCAGACGCAUCAUGGACUAUUGAUCUGUUUUGAAGGACCCCAGAGCUGCAUAGAGGUUUUGGAAAGCACAGUGGCUUGGUCAGGGACAACAUUGACCGCUAAUGCAGUCUGAUGCCAACAUAACCAUGGGGAAGAUCAUAUUUUAUGAAGACAGGAACUUCCAGGGGCGCUCUCACGAGUGCAGCAGCGACUGUGCCGACCUGCACUCCUACUUCAACCGGUGCAACUCCAUCAGGGUAGAGAGUGGCUGCUUCAUGAUCUAUGAGAGGCCCAACUACAUGGGCAACCAGUACUACCUGAAGAGAGGGGACUACUCUGACAACCAGCGUGUGAUUGGAAUGAACGACUGUGUCAGAUCUUGCCGUAUGAUCCCCCAGCACCGAGGUUCCUACAGGAUGAGGCUCUACGAACGCUUCGAUAUGUCCGGCCAGAUGCACGAGCUGGUGGACGACUGUCCGAAUGUCCAGGACCGCCUCAGCAUGUCCGACUUCAACUCCUGCAAUGUGAUGGAUGGCCACUGGUUGCUGUAUGACCAACCCAACUACAAGGGCAGGGCGUACUACCUGAGGCCUGGAGAGUACAGGAGGUACAGCGACUGGGGAGGAGUCAGCCCGAGAGUGGGGUCCGUCAGGAGAAUCACUGACUUCAACUGAAGUCCAGCUUCACUAAAAUGCAUCUUCCCCUGAGCUUAACUGUCUGUUUUCUCAAUAAACUUUAACUGCU